AUGUCUUCCAAGAAGACCCUGAGCGAUAAACCCACCCCAGUCAAACAACAAAAGUCGAAGAGUUUGACACUACCUGCGCUCAUCUCUGGCUUCGCCUUCCUGGGCAUCACCGUAUUCUCACUAGCCACAAACAGCAAUCACUUCUCCUGGAGACCGAGCGUCUUCAGCUCCGACACCCAGCAAACAACAGCGGAGUUCGUUGAAGAGCGUCUCGACCCACAAGACUAUGCAGGACGGGCCCGGCAGAUCCUACGCAGCACACCCUUGAUCGAUGGCCACAACGAUUUCCCGUACUUGUUGAGACAUCAACUGCAUAACCAGAUCUACGACCGUGACUUUGAAAACGAGAGGCUUGGCAGUCAGACUGACUUCCAGAAAAUGAAGCAAGGUUUGAUGGGUGGCCAAUUCUGGAGUGUCUUUGUCCCCUGUCCAGAAGAUCUCGUGCCCGGUGUUAAGACUGAUGAUCCAAAUAAGCGAGUUCCGGACCUGAAUGAGCCUAAUUGGGCAGUACGAGACACACUCGAACAGAUUGACAUCACCAAACGUCUAGUUGAAGCGUACCCGGAAUCUCUCGAGCUGUGUUAUUCACCAGAAUGUGUUCGAAGGGUUCACAGGAGCGGAAAAGUCGCCAGCAUGAUUGGUAUCGAGGGCGGCCAUCAGACUGGCAAUUCCCUUGGUGCCUUGCGCUUGCUCUUCGAUACGGGUGCCCGGUAUAUGACACUGACUCAUAACUGUGACAACGCAUUUGGCACCUCAUGGGUCAGCAUGGAUCUCAAGACUGGCAAAGACGCCGGGCUGACAGAGUUUGGGAGAUCAUUCGUGGCGGAGGCGAAUCGGUUGGGCUUGUUCGUUGAUAUCUCACACGUUUCCCACCAAACUAUGCGCGAUGUUCUGGAGGUUGCGAAAGCACCGGUCAUCUUCUCACACUCCGGUGCCUACAGUGUGCAUGGCCAUCUUCGAAAUGUUCCCGACGAUGUCUUAAGAGCCGUAAAACAGAAUGGUGGCGUUGUAAUGAUCCCUGUCAUAUCACUGUUCUUGAACUCAGUUCACCCUGAAGAAGUCACGGUCGAAGAUGUCAUCGAUCAUAUUCUGUGGGUCGCUGAAGUUGCUGGUUGGGACCACGUGGGACUGGGUUCCGAUUUUGACGGGUCGACAUUCGUUGUUAAGGGUAUUGAGGAUGUAUCCCAAUGGCCAAAUUUGAUCGAACAUCUUCUUGCUCGAGGUAAUGUGACCGAUGAGCAGGCGAAACAACUCGUAGGAAACAACCUGCUUCGUGCAUGGAGCGACAUGGAAAAAGUGGCAGAAGAAAUCCAGCUGCGCGGUGAUCGACCUCGUGAAGAGUCUUGGGAGGGACGAUUUUGGGAGACAGAUAACUUUGAUGUCCCAAGAAUGUUCCCGGAAGUUAAGUGA